AGCCGUCGGUGCGCCCGCGCCCGCCGCGCGACCCGACCCGCGUAGUGCCGUGUUGUGAAGGAACUAACCUCUCUUUAUACUGGACAUUAAAGGGAAGUGUGUGAUUAGAUCCGAUUGUUUUGGGAUUUUGGUUUACUCUGUGUGGUCUGCUAUAAUAUUGCCCGACAUAUCAAUAGCACGAUUUGAAAGUAAACCAAACACAUGCAGAUGGCGUAGAAAAACGAUCCGAGAUAUCCAUCACAAAUGUUAUUAAACAAGCUAAUGGAAGGAGAACCGAUAACUACGAACAACUUGAUUUCAUCCAUAAAGAGUUUCAACAGUGACGGGAAGGAACACGGUACUUCUAUAAAGGCGCUGUUGAAAAACUUUAUCUUGCCAGAGGACGACAAAAUGGCAAUAAAAGAAAACAAAACUGACAGCAAUAAUUAUGUAUACACAAUACCCGUAAAACCUCCUACACCAACUCAAAAUGAUAGGAUGAAAUCAAUAAAUGAAGCGAAACUAGCAUUUCUGAACUCCACUGUCAGUUCUGUUAUGACCUCUCCAAAACAAAACGUAAAAGAACAAGAAUCCCAAAUACACUACGCUCAAAUAGCAAUUACUACAGAGAGUGAAGAUACGAGAAGUACAGGUGGAGGGAAAAAUGUGAAACCACCAGUCACUCCCACAAAACAUAAAAUAUCCGUGAGCAAUCUCGUAGAUAAUAAGAAGAAAAUUGAACAACCGCAACAUAGAAAAGUAAGCUUUAAAAUAAAAAAUGCGUCAACUUCAUACAGACGACCUCCGCUAGCGACCAAAACUAUGACAAUAACAAGCAGCAAAGUGUCAGAAUUAACGAAAAAGUUCAACAAUCUUGUCACUGAAUCUCAUAACGGAUCAAUAAAACAAUCUAAACUUGCAAAAACUAUUGAGGAUUUACAAACAGCGACGCGAUGUUCCGCAAGCAACAGUUCUACUCCUUCAUCAACUCUUAGUUCAAGCCCUAAUAUCAAAAUAGUUCUUCGUCAUAAACGAAAUUCCAAAAAACGAAACCAUAGAAAACGAUGUUCAAGUAUGGAUUCCAUAGACAAACUAAUUAUAACAGAUAAUACUUCAGCAAAAAUUCGUGUCAUCCGCUCUAAAUCAGAUGGUACGAAAAUUCCAAAAUCUCCAAAGAAACGUUUAAAGUAUCAAGAUUCUAGUGGACACCAAAGUGGGUCGGACUCAGUGGACGGUACCCCUGUCAAAUCAAUGGAGGCUGAGAAACCCGAGGAAAAAACAAAGGCACAGAAUGUUGUAAAGAACGUUAUUAAAAAGUUUGAAUGUGAAAUAGCUCAAUCAAAUUCAAACAAUACAAUAAAAAGACAAGUAGAGAAAAUUAAUAAAAGUACAACACCUGUAAAAGAAAAACCUAAAGUACCUGAAAAGAAAUCAUCAUUAGUUUUAACCAAAAAUAUUGUAGUGAAGGAUGGCGUUCCGAAAAUUAAAACUAUCAGACCGCCUCCUCCCGUAGAAGCACUGCCAAAACCAGAUAAAAUUACUAUCAUCGAGCCUAAAAGAAAAGAACCUCUGUAUGAUAAGAAAAAAUAUAAAACAAACUACAUUCAUUCGGAAAAACUGCCUUUAAAGGUAGUCGAAAUAAUUCAAGAAGAUGCAAAUGAAGUAACGGUAAUGCCAGUCAUAACAGAACCGGUACAACCACCCGCGGACAUAACAAUAUCUCAAGGAGAAGAAAAGACAUAUCAAGACAUUAGUUCUAAUAUUACUCCUAAUGACUCAUUUCUAUGGCGAAGAAAGAGUAGCACUCAGAUAUACUCAGACAGUGAGAAAUCUAUUUCGGACAGUCCGUAUAGUUUUAUUAGUGUCACUAUGAAUGAAGUAACAAUAACUUGCACGGGAAACUCUACAGAAGUAACUGGCUUAGAAGAAUCUCAAACUCCUGAAAAGAUAGAAUCUCAAACUAAUCAAAGUAAAGGCGAUACUGACUCUGAUUUUGAAAGUAAUCUAGUCGAGGCUUACAAUAAAGAGGUUUUAGCUGGUUACACGUCUAAACCCAAAAAGGAGCCAGUUAUUGAAGAUGACUACGAGCCCUUAGAACCAAGAGACGCCGAUAACGUUGUGAUAAUACCCAUCAAGCCGAUAGAUAGAUCUUCUAAAAUAAAUUGCCCGUUACCAGAAAUUCCUAAGGAAAACCCUACGUCGACUCCAGAGUCCCCAGUCACUGACCCUAAAGACAAUAUUUACCAGUGUCUAAUGGAAACAAGAUCACAUCCCGAAGGUGACGAAAGCAGUUUGCAUAAUUACGAACUAUGCGAUGAACAGUUAGAGGAGAGAACUCGUGGAGAUGGCGACAGUGACGAUGGUUAUGAGUACUGCAAGUCUCCCAUUAAACCCUACUGCUUAACAUCAAGCUCGGGCAUUCAAAUCGCCGAAGACUACCGACCGUACUCUGAUAACAAUCACAAGAAUUACGCGAUCUCAAAAUCGGUCAGUGGAACCUCCACUGUGAGUUACGAAAAGAUUGGUUCCGAAAGGAUAUACGAGAAGAUUCCACUACGACCUCCAAAAUCCAAAGACAGUAGUCCCAACUACAGUGACAGGCAUUCCUUCGUAUCGUCCGAUUAUACAGGAUACAAUGAUACGGAGAACAUUUAUGAUACAAUCAAACACAGCGAUGGAGCAUCAUUGUCGCAUUGCUAUGAAAGCAUACCUAACAGCCCAAGUAUGGUGAAGCUGAGGAAUAAUCUGAAGAAACAGUUGGCCUCUGCUGUCCAGAAGCGCCUGUCGUUUGACACUGUGUCAAAUAUAAGCCAAUCGACGAUGUCGAGCGAGCAAAAGACUAAUAGCAUUUACGGGCAGCGAUCAGUGCUGAGUUAUAAUGGGCAGGAGAUAGCAUUUCAAGUGCCCAGCAGUGAGACGAGCGUCAGCGAUAGAAGCGACAGAAGUGACGACUGGGUCGACGUUUCUGACGAGGAAAAGACUGAAGAACAGAAGAUUAUCAUUGUCCGUGAAAGGAGUAGGGGAAAGAAAAGUCCGGUCAGCUGGUCGCAGAAAGUGAGGCAUCAAUGGCACAAAUCUCCAAAGCAAAAACCACAGGACAAAGAGUGCGACAGCAGCGACUCGGGGCACCUGUACGAGUCGCUGGAGCCGGCGCCGGCGCAGCCACCUACCCCCGCGCCCCCCACCCCUAUCGACGACGACUUUGAUUCGUUCGACAGCGACACCGACUCGGAUGAACAUGACAAGUCGUCGCCGCAAGCGCCGCCCCUACCCGCCUCCCGUCUGCCCUCGCCGCCCAGCGGAGGGCAGUACACACUGACGAAGAUCGCCAGCGCCGCCCAGCGGAAGAUGAGGCAGAUCAAGCGCAACCUCACCAAGCGAUAUAGCGUGGCAAUGGACGGCAAGCCGUUCAGCAAGACAGCAGCCGCCCAAAACGGCAUCUACGACACGCCAAAGACCAAAGUCAAGGCGCCAAUCUAUGCCAACUGCGAGCGGCCUGAGAUCCAGCACCCCUACAGCAACCUGCAGUUCAUCGACACCCGCCCCGUCCUCAAGACUGACCGCAACGGAUUCAAGACUCAAGACCAAAGCCAAGGCGCCAUCUACGCCAACUGCGAGCGGCCUGAGAUCCAGCACCCCUACAGCAACCUGCAGUUCAACGAUACCCGCCCCGUGCUCAAGACUGCCCGCAACGGAUUCAAGGUAAGAACUAGACUCAAGACCAAAGCCAAGGCGCCAUCUACGCCAACUGCGAGUGGCCUGAGAUACAGCAACCUGGAGUUCAACGACACCCGCCCCGUCCUCAAGACUGACCGCAACGGAUUCAAGACUCAAGACCAAAGCCAAGGCGCCAUCUACGCCAACUGCGAGCGGCCUGAGAUCCAGCACCCCUACAGCAACCUGCAGUUCAACGACACCCGCCCCGUGCUCAAGACUGACCGGAACGGAUUCAAGAUACAACACCCAUACAGCAACCUGCAGUUCAACGAUACCCGCCCCGUCCUCAAGACUGACCGCAACGGAUUCAAGGAGGAGCUUAAGACUGUAGUAACGGAAAAGAGACUGAGCAACGGCGACGUCCCGCCCCCGUUGCCCGAAAAACCGCCGCCGGAGAAACCGACCACGCCCACUACAGAAAAUGCCGUGUAA